GGCGACUGACAAAUCACUUUCACGUGUGUUUCGCCUGCCAGCACCGCCAACGCUCUUUCUUACUGCUUUUCAUGAACACUACAUUGAUAUUAUCUGCCCACUGUCAAUCGCCACCUGAACAAUAUCUGUGACAAUCCCAGGUGACCGUCAAUUAGCUGGACAGCGUUCCUACCCCGCGCCUCUACCUCCUCAACUCUCGCGCGAAUUCCUUGGGCAAAGGGAUCUAUCUCACAAUGACCUCACCUUCCACUUCACCACUGGUGGAUCGAAGCGACAAAGUUAAGAUGAAACAUAUACCGUCGGUUUCUAGCCUCAUGUCGCCCCCUGAGUCGAAACCAUUCGAAAAUUUUAAUCCGUCACUGUCAUCAUCAUAUGAAGACUCGCAGGAUCUAUCAAAUAGCCAUGAUAUGAAGCUUCCCCCAAUAUCAGCCGAUCGCAAGCGAACGCAGUCAGAAAUGGACCUGCCAUCGCCGCCUGUUACUCCAUAUACUGGGAACAAGAAAAGGAAGACGAAUCUCUCCGAACUCGCUGAAAAUGACACCACCGUUGGCCCCAUUAGAGAUCCUGUUCUUUUUCCUCGCCAGGGGACUUCAUGUGAUAUUAUUGCAGAUGAGCCUCUGUUCGCUCCCAUGCUCCCCCCGGUAGCAGAAGCGCUGGUUGACCAACACAUCAACAACCACAUGGCAAGGUUUGAGAACAAGCUAAACAAACCGACACGUGAUGAGUACCUGUUAGCUCUUUCAUGUGUACCUGUUGUCUCAGCGCAGUACAAUCGCAAUCCAGGAGCAUGGGCCAAAGAGGAACGUGCAACGCUGGAGCGUCAGCUGAUUCUGAUGCACCGACCCCAACCUCAAAUAUCAGAGGCCAAAUUGAAGAAGAUUGCACCUGCCCCCGCGAAAAGGACACUUACAAGCCAGUCUCGUGUACAGCGAAAUACUAGAGUCAAGCGCACGCCAAAGCAAACACCGAAGCAGAAAACACUGGAUCCAUUUGACUCACCGCCCUCGUCGUGUAACAAGACAUCCCGUGCUCUAGGUACAAAUCGUGAUGACACUGAUUAUGAUUCAAUAAGAGACUAUGCCCCUUCGCCUGAGACGCUAGGUGGCAAUGCCAAAGCGUUGAAGGCAGAUUGGAAAGGGCAGAUACUUGAUCUCACUAAUGAUCCAGAUAGGCUCUUGUUGAGCCCUGCUGAGAUCAAUCUUGCCGCGACUCUGAGACUAUCCUGCGCCACAUAUCUCUGCAGCAAGCGACGUAUUUUUGAAGCCCGUGUCAGGGCCUUGAAUGUUGGAAAGGAGUUUCGCAAAACUGAUGCGCAGCAGGCCUGCAAGAUUGACGUUAAUAAAGCAAGCAAGCUUUGGACCGCAUAUGAACGUGUUGGUUGGUUCAGACCUGAACAUUUCCAACAGUACCUGAAGUGAUCACCUGUCGUUUCAACUGUCUUUGCGAUGUGAAACUGUUUACAAUGCUUAUAGUACAGCCUUUCGCU